CUGUCUCGCCUAAACCAUUACUCACAUUGUACAAGGACGAACAUGUGUAUUAAUAUGUUCCAAUCUCGACUUUAUACUUCCUUGUAUUAUUUUUUUUAAAUAAAUUUAUUUCUUCAUCAAUUACAAACCAAAACGUGUUCAAGGUUCCCAAGACCAGCCGAAUAAACAUCACAAAUGUGACGACUUUUUCGCUUUUAACGGCCUGGGCAAAACUCUAAAACUAAUAACAAUUUGUGCCUUCAAUACUCUCUCUCUAUACAAUUCUCAAUUUUAUUAAGUGAAUCGAGAUAUCUCCACGAGAGAAAAUUACUGUUAAUUCGCGGGACCUGCGCGAAAACAUAAAUAAAGUUAAGUGCGAGUGUGACGGUUUCGAGAUUUGGUUUGUUACUGAAAAGAGUUGAUACAUCAAUAAGUGAAUUGUGAGAGUGCAAAAAAAGCCAUUGGAUUAACACAUUUGGUGCACACUUUGGGAUUAUCUCAAUUGAUUUGCUGUUCAUUGGAUUAAAUAUCAUCUUCAACCAACAGUGAUUCUACAUUCGAAUCAUUAAUUGCGUGAUGACUAAGAUGUGCGACUUGAGUGCCUUCUGAGAAAUGCCCGCUUGAGCUUUCCACUGAUCCUCGACACUGCAAGAGGACAGGAAAGCUCUUUCUCUCUCUCUCUCUCUCCCAAGACAAGCGAUCUCCGAGUGACGAUGAAGUUUACCACCGACAAAUGAUCCACAGAGUUAACAAAAAUGCCAACAACGCUCCAGAAAAUCGUGAAGAGUUCUUCGAUACGUAACAAAUUCCUGGAUAAAUUUCUCAAGCAUAGGAAAAUAAUAAGAAAGAUGUGAAACAUCAGUGCCUUGGAAAGAUAAUAACUAUAUUUCCCGUAGUGAUUUGUUAAGUGUCUCUAAAUUUUUAUAUAAGAACUGUGAUUCUCAGAGAAUAUUUUCUAAAAGUCGUAAAAACUUUUUUCUAGACGUGUUCAGUGUAUCGUAAGCCGUUCAACGGAAUUCCAAAGUGCUAUAAAUGUGUUUUCCCAGGAAACAACACUGCCAGCCAAUGCAUCAACCAUCUGAGGAACUUACAAAGUGUUGCCGUUCAACAGCAUUCACGGUGUUUUGAAAGUAACGAUCAAAGACUGAUUUACCGCCUUGACUUUAUUGUGAACAUUUUGUUAGGAAGAGCAAAAGGACAGAGUGUUAGAGAGCAAAGUUUUUGACUAGUUAGAGAGCGGUAGGUGUUUAGUUUAGUUGAUAAUGCCCAUCCAAGUGAUAUGGAUGAAGUUGUGACUGAACAGAUGUAUCGAAAUCACUUCACAGCUGUAUUGAAACGCUACAGGGACGAGAGAAUAGAGGGCAGUGCUGCUGUGGCAAUGCCAUUUAUCGAAGACGAGCUCCUCUGGUGUCCGGAUAACGAUGGGAGAAUGGUGGAUAUCUCAGCUUGUCUUCAGGACGCCGUAACGGCAAAUACUACGAAUCAGAACCAGGAAGUUGCAGGCGGUUCGUGCGAUUUGAGCUCACUGGAUCCCUUGUGCAAUGAUUCCGACGAGAUUCUGCGGCAAUUGGCGGAGAAUCCUUUCGAGUUAGACUCCUUCUUCUCCGAUUUCUCAGCCGUGGAAGUGAAACAGGAGGAGAACAACAAUGACCUGUCCGUGGACCCGAACGACAGUCCAACGUACUUGACUAAUUGCCAAAGCGCCUCGGCGCCCACGUCGCUGCCGCUGCAGGCCGUCAGCACGUCGCAGAGCAGCACGUGCGCCGUGUCCCAAGCGGACUCGUCGCAGAGUCACGCGCAGCAGCAGCACCAGUCGAUCCUGGCCCUCGCGAAUGCGAUCUCGGCGAGCUCCUUCGGAUCGCACCAAGCGCAGAACGGACGCAACGGCGCGCCUAUCAACAGAUACUCCAUCGCGGCCAAUCCGCUCCUCGCGGAGAAACUCAUGGCGCCAAACCUCAACGACCUGGACAGCAGCCUGGCCAUCAGCAAUCGGGCAGGACGACCGCCGGACGUUAAAGGACAGUUGACGUUUGUAUUGAAAUAUAUCUCAAAUAUAUUUCCUCAAAUAUUUGCUAAUUUACAUCGCUCUUCGCCAUUUCGCGAUGUGUGUUGGAAGGAAAGAAUGUCCUCGUGCCAUGGCAAGGCGAGAUGGGAGAAAUUCUACCCUGAGAUGCUGAAGAGGCGACUGGCUUCUGCAUGA